AUGAGGUCGUACUACCCGACUGGCUCGCGGAACAUCAGCUCGUCGUGGCGCCAAGACGACCACGCCGCUCCGACGCACGACGGCGCGGAUGGCCAUUCUUCCCAGCAGUUUCCCGCUCCAAGCGUCACGGCAGCCAUUGCGAGCUACCUUGCCUCCCAGCCGACCCAGCAGCCAUCUCCUCCUCGCUGGCACAACUACACGCCGCCGCACCGUGCUGCGCCGGCCGCCCCUUGGCAGUGGGCGUCCAGUACGUUUGCGCCGCCUCCCCCUACCCUCUCAUCACCCUGGACCCCGUGGCCAAACGCGACGGUCGUCGUCCCAGCAGGCGAGACCCCUGGCGACGCCUCGCCCGGCGGGGCCGGGGGUGGGGGCGGGGCGUGUGUGGCGGGCGACGACGACGCGACCGGCUGCCUGCGCUUGGCGAGGCGCGUCGGGCGCAAGGCAGCCGGCGAGGGACGCAACUUCAUGCUCUCGCCGCUGUCGCUCCACGCUGCGCUCGCGCUGGUGGCCGCGGGCGCGAGCGGCGAGACGCAGGCGGAGCUGCUGCGUUUCCUAGGGUCGGCGUCGCUCGACGAGUUGCGGCACGCCGCGGUGACGAGGCUGGUCGCCGCGCUGCGCGGCAUCCCGCAGACGUCCUUCGCGUGCGGCGUCUGGGUGGACCGCCGGUGCGCGCUCCGGGAGGAGUUCGCGGACGUCGCCGGUGCCGUCUACGCCGCCGUCGCGGAAUCCGUGGACUUCGUGUCACAGGCCGAGGAGGCGAGGCAGCGCAUCAACGACUUCGUGAAGGACGCGACGAAAGGGCUCAUCGGCGCCGUCCUCCCUUCCGGCUCCGUCGGCUUGUCCACGGUGGCCGUGCUUGCCAACGCUCUCUACUUCAAGGGACAUGGGCUCAGCCGUUCGACCCGUCAAGAACCUUCGACGCGCCGUUCCAUCUCCCCGACCGCGCCACCGGCCCUCAAGCUGCCCUACAGCUGCAAGAGCGGCCACCAGUGGCACCAGGCCGCGUACUUCUACAUGCUCCUGCUCCUCCCAGACGACGACCACGGCCUCGGAGAUGUCUACGACAAGGUCGUCUCGACGCCGGGGUUCAUCAGGAAGCACACGCCCGUGUGCAAGGUCCCGGUUGGGCGGCUCAUGGUCCCCAAGUUCAAGUUCACGUUCGGGUUCGAGGCGAGCGAGGAGAUGCAGAGGCUGGGUGUCACCAGCCCUUUUGGAGGCGGCGACUUCUCCGGCAUGUUCGCCGGCGGAGGUGGGGCUUCCAUCGCGGGAGUGUACCAUAAGGCCACCGUCGAGGUGGACGAGGAGGGCACCGUGGCAGCCGCGGCCACGGCCGUGUCCAUUUGCUUAAGCCGGAGCGCCAUCCCGCCGGUGGAUUUCGUGGCGGACCGGCCCUUCUUGUUCGCCAUCGUUGAGGAGAGGAGCAGCGCCGUGCUCUUCUUCGGCCAUGUGGUGAAUCCACUGGCGGAGUGA